AUGGCGCAAUAUCGGCCCAAAAUCGAUAACUUACAGCAUAAUGUGGUGUUUCACGUGGAAAUUGCACAAGCAGUCGUGGCGGCGCACGGCGGCGACCUCAGUCUAACGAAUGGGGGACAUAAUUCAGUCUCAGGCGGACGGCCAGCCACCGUCACAGCCGGAGGUGAGGACGCACACAUUUUUGAUGAACGCUUCUCUCGUAAUAGUGGUCAAAAGUUUAAGUACAGCUUUUUGUUGAAUUCUGAAGUAAAAUACGUUCUUAAGCGAUUUAAGAAAAAAGAAACGAAAAACUGA